AGCAAAUUCAAAUCAAAGAUCCCUUAUAAGUGCUUAUUGAAUUUAUUUACGUUUUUAAUUAAUAUUUCAAUUGAUUUAAUUUUUAGUUUUGAAUUAUGGAAAACGAAGCUCGUUUCUUCAGACCUGAGGAAGGAGAAACUAUACUAUGCUACCAUGGCAAAAAUAUUUAUGAGGCUAAAUGCCUUAAACUGAGGCAAACGGACCUCGGGACGGAGUGUAGGAUACAAUUCAUCGGCUGGGGCAGAGGGUGGGAUCAGUGGAUUGGCGUUUGGGAAAAGAGAAUUCUUCAGCGCAAUGAAGCCAACUUGCGGAAGAAAGAUGCGCUGGAGACACAGCAAAUAAUAGAACGUCGAGAGAGAAGAGCCCGAUUGAUGAGCCCGCCAAAAGAAGCUCAACGAGGAAGAGUAACAAAACGUAAAAGGGGCCGUACUCCUGGACGCCCAUCAAAAAAGCAGUAGAAAGCAAUUCUUUGUAAAGAACAGCGCAUCUUAUUUCUUAGCCGAGAGCUACAAGGACUACGGAAAAAAGUGUAAACAAGUUUCAAUGUACGGUACUCGUUUCGAUGAGCAGACUAUAGGAUGUAUGUUUCGCUGUCAUACAGUCAUAGUAGGUCUAUAUUCUUAUCCAUUGCUGCAUACCUAAGUGAGACACCAUUCUCCUCCCUCACAGAGACAUCAAUGAUAUAGGCCUUUCGUUCUCACCUAUUUUAAUACAAAAAAAUAUAGAAAUAAAAGAAUAACUUACCCUACACUCAAAUUUCAUUGUUUUUAUCAUAUUGUUCCAGUAUUGUGAAUUUUUUAAAUUUAAAAGUACCGUAUCAAGUUGCAGAAUGGUGAUUUGUUUCAGUUUUUUCAUUUUUAAGAUUAAUUACAAUUAACAAUUUCAUCCAUUAUUUUAAUAUGAAUAUGCACUACUAUUUUAUGUAUUUAAGAUCUCAAUUGUAGAAUUUUGUAACUAAAUAAACAAAUAAUCAUAUUGUACCAGUAUUGUAAAUUUUGUAAAUUUAAAAGUACCGUAUCAAGUUGCAGAAUGGUGAUUUGUUUCAG